CUUAAAUAUUUGAACUUUUUAAUAAAUAAUUUUAAUAAAAGUCCUAAAUUAGUUCAGAGGUAGAUGAAGGUAUGAACUGUUCAUAAUUAUUUGCAUACGUAAUUUUAAUUAAUUAGUGAUUUUUAUAUAUCUAUAUGAUUUUCAUCGCUUAAGUUUUAAUUAUUUGCAUGAAAUUUGACGAUUGGAGAACAUGAAAACAGGCUUCAUUAAAAUGUCAACCCGUUCAAAUUACAAAGACAAAUUUGAGAAUAGUAAUCCCAGGCGUCGUCACAAAAUUAUGUCGACCGAGGAUGCGCAAGCGGGAAAAAAGUCCUAUUGGCAGGAGUUGGAGAUAACAGGUACUAUACGAAAUUUAAGCCCAAAUAUUUGGCAGUUACAACACCUAACCUCUUUGUACCUGAAUGAUAAUUGUCUGCAAAGAAUACCACCUGAUAUUUGUCGGUUGGUAAAUUUACGUAGUUUGGAUAUAUCCAGUAAUAAACUACGAUCUCUACCUUCUGAGUUGGGCGAUCUCAUUUACCUCAGGGAACUUUUAUUAAACAAUAAUCACUUACGUGUUUUACCCUAUGAACUCGGAAAAUUGUUCCAUUUACAUGUACUUGGAUUGCAUGGUAAUCCAUUAAAUAAGGAAAUUAUGUCAUUAUAUAAUGAUAACAACGGCACGCACAAGCUUCUUACAUACAUGCUGGACAAUCUACAAGUUACUGCACCUCAUCCGCCUCAACGUCCUUGGAUACCAUUGACAAGACCAAGUAGGAAUCGACCUUCCUGUAUUUUUACUGUGAUGUGUUAUAACGUAUUAUGCGAUAAGUAUGCCACUCGACAAAUGUACGGUUAUUGUCCAAGUUGGGCAUUGGAAUGGGAAUAUCGAAAAAAGGGUAUUCUAGAUGAAAUACGUCAUUAUUCAGCGGAUAUAAUUAGUUUACAAGAGGUUGAAACUGAUCAAUUUUAUAAUUUCUUUUUGCCCGAAUUAAAACAAGAUGGUUUUGAUGGUAUUUUUUCACCAAAAUCACGUGCUAAGACAAUGGCUGAAAAUGAUAGAAAAUAUGUUGAUGGUUGUGCAAUUUUUUUUCGAACAUCUAAGUUUACCUUAAUUAAAGAACAUUUAGUCGAAUUUAAUCAACUGGCAAUGGCGAAUGCAGAUGGAUCUGACCACAUGUUAAAUCGUGUUAUGCCUAAAGAUAAUAUUGGAUUAGCAGCUUUAUUAAAAACAACCGAAGAAGCUUGGGAAGGUUUAGGAAAUGAACAAUCACAUCUAGAACAACCAUUACUAGUUUGUACCGCUCAUAUUCAUUGGGAUCCAGAAUAUUGUGAUGUAAAACUAAUACAAACGAUGAUGUUAUCAAACGAAUUACGUUGUAUACUGGACGAAGCUAGUAAUAAUUUUAGACCAGGCCAUAAACAGGAUAACAGUGUUCAACUAUUAUUAUGUGGAGAUUUUAAUUCAUUACCCGAUUCAGGGGUUAUUGAAUUUCUAUCGAGUGGUCGAGUAUCAUCGGAUCAUCGAGAUUUUAAAGAACUCGGUUAUAAAUCCUGUCUACAAAAGAUUUCUGGCUGUGACAAAUCAAACGAGUUCACACAUUCCUUUAAACUUGCCUCGGCUUAUAGUGAAAAUAUUAUGCCUUACACCAACUACACAUUUGAUUUUAAGGGUAUAAUUGACUACAUUUUCUAUUCAAAACAAAGUAUGACACCAUUAGGUUUAUUAGGACCAUUAUCGACAGAUUGGUUUCGAGAAAAUAAAAUUGUGGGUUGUCCUCAUCCUCAUGUACCGUCAGAUCAUUUUCCAUUGCUAGUUGAAUUAGAAAUGGCACCGACUGUAUCGAAUGGUAUAAUAAAUAACAGUAACAAUGCCAGAAGGUAGCAGGUGAUGGGCUAAUUCGCAUAGAUGAAUUCUCUUAGUUCAUUUUAAUUAAACAAAGGAUAAAUCCAUCAUCAAAAUAACAAAUAAAGAACUAUAUUUUUUUAAUAAAAAUAUAAAAAAAUGGUGCAGCCAUUAAACAUAAAAUAAUAACGGGAAAAAUAUUCUCUUACAACGGAAUAUUAUUAAUUAAUUUAUCUUUAAGUGAAAAAAUGGUACAACAAAAAGCUCAAUCCUUAUUGGAAUAUUAUGACCACCACAAAAUUUGA